AUGUCCGCCAAGUCGAUCCUCGAAGCUGAUGGCAAGGCCAUCCUCAACUACCACCUCACUCGUGCUCCCGUCAUCAAGCCUACUCCCCUCCCUCCGUCCUCCACGCACAACCCUCCUCCUAAGCUCGCCUCCCUUUACUUCCCCGAAGAUGUUGCCGUCAAGGAUGUCCUCGACCAGGCUGAGGUCCGCUACCCCUGGCUGUUGACCCCCGGUUCCAAGUUCGUGGCCAAGCCCGACCAAUUGAUCAAGAGACGUGGAAAGAGUGGCCUUCUGGCCCUGAACAAGACCUGGGCCGAGGCCAGGGAAUGGAUUGAGGCCCGUGCUGCCAAGGACGUUCAGGUUGAGACGGUCACCGGCGUUCUCCGUCAGUUCCUCGUUGAGCCUUUCGUUCCUCACCCCCAGGAGACUGAGUACUACAUCAACAUCCACUCCGUGCGUGAGGGUGACUGGAUCCUUUUCACCCACGAGGGUGGUGUCGAUGUUGGUGAUGUGGACGCCAAGGCUGAGAAGCUUCUCAUCCCCGUCAACCUGGAGAAGUACCCCUCCAACGAGGAGAUCGCUGCUGCUCUCCUGAGCAAGGUGCCCAAGGGUGUCCACAACGUCCUCGUUGACUUCAUCUCCCGCCUCUACGCCGUCUACGUUGACUGCCAGUUCACCUACCUCGAGAUCAACCCUCUGGUUGUCAUCCCCAACGCUGAUGCCACCUCGGCUGAUGUUCACUUCCUCGAUCUGGCUGCCAAGCUCGACCAGACUGCUGAGUUCGAGUGCGGUACCAAGUGGGCCAUUGCUCGUAGCCCCGCCAACCUGGGUCUGCCCACCCUUCCCUCCAGCGACAAGGUCAACAUUGACGCUGGUCCCCCGAUGGAGUUCCCCGCUCCUUUCGGUCGUGAGCUGAGCAAGGAGGAGAAGUUCAUCUCCGAGAUGGAUGCUAAGACCGGUGCUUCCCUCAAGCUUACCGUCCUCAACGCCAACGGCCGUGUCUGGACCCUCGUUGCUGGUGGUGGUGCCUCCGUCGUGUACGCUGAUGCCAUUGCCUCUGCUGGCUUCGUCAGCGAGCUCGCCAACUACGGUGAGUACUCCGGUGCUCCCACCGAGACCCAGACCUUCAACUACGCCCGUACCAUCCUCGACCUGAUGCUGCGCUCUCCCAUCCACCCCGACGGCAAGGUCCUCUUCAUUGGUGGUGGUAUUGCCAACUUCACCAACGUUGCCUCCACCUUCAAGGGUGUCAUCCGCGCUCUGCGUGAGGUUGCCCCCGUCCUGAACGAGCACAAGGUCCAGAUCUGGGUUCGUCGUGCUGGUCCCAACUACCAGGAGGGUCUCAAGAACAUCAAGGCUGUUGGUGAGGAGCUUGGCCUCAACAUGCACGUCUACGGCCCUGAGAUGCACGUCAGUGGUAUUGUGCCCCUUGCUCUCCUCGGCAAGAAGACCGACAUCAAGGAGUUCGGUUCCGCGUAA